AUGGCAUCAUUGCAGGCUUCAAGGUUUGUGCUUUCUACUUCUUGCACAAGAGCAAGAUCCGCAAUAUCAAUCCCUAAAUUGCCCAAAUUUAACGUCUCGGUACCGAAAAUACCAAUCAAGAACCACAAUCUCAGAGUUGAAGAACCAACUUUUGGGUUGGAUGGAUUCACCGAAAGUUUCGAUCUCUCUCUGUUAGAGAGACAAAGACAGAAGAAGAUAAGGUACGAUGAUCGGGUUAUGCAGAGGUCGCGGCUCAUUGCGGUUCUUGAAGAAGUAACAGACAGAGUAGAGGUGCAUAAGAACAUCGGAGAGCAACGCAACAACUGGAACUCUCUCUUGCUCAACUCCGUCAACAUGAUCACUCUCACCGCCGCUUUGAUGGCCGGAAUAUCCUCCGUGAACGCCGUUGGAGGAGAUUCUGCCUCGGCGGUGAAGAUAGCUUCUACGAUGUUGCUGGCGUCCGCAACGGGUGUGGUUGCCUUGAUGAACAAGAUUCAGCCGUCGCAGCUUGUGGAGGAACAGAGGAACGCGACGAGGCUGUUCAAGCAGCUGAGAAACAGAAUCGAGAGGGUUCUGAGAGAGAAAACCGAAGAAGGAAUCAGCGAAGAAUACGUGAAGGAAGCGAUAGAGAGAGUACUCUGUUUAGACAGAGCUUACCCACUUCCUCUCAUCGGCACAAUGCUGGAGAAGUUCCCACAAGAAUUCAAGCCAGCGACUUGGUGGCCCGAAACUAAAACCGAAACUCGUUCGAAAACCGUGUUUAACGGGUGGAACAAGGAGCUAGAGAUGGAGAUGAAAGAGGUAGUUGAGGUUAUAAAGAAUAGAGAUGCAGAGGAAUACGAGAGAUUAGGUAACGUGGCGUUGAAGUUAAACCUGGCUUUAGCUAUCUCUGGACCGGUGUUAACCGGAAUUGCUGCGGUAAGUUCCGGUUUUAUAGGCCACGGUUCGGGUUUAGCUGGAGUAGUGGCGACGACUUGCGCUUCCUUGGCUGCCGUAGUGAACACGUUAGAGCACGGUGGUCAAGUUGGGAUGGUGUUUGAGAUGUAUAGAAACUCCGCCGGAUUCUUCUCUCUUUUAGAAGAAACGAUCGAAACAGAGAGAAGAGAGAACGGACAAGUUUUUGAGACCAAAGUAGCGUUGAAACUCGGAAGAAGCUUGUCUGAAUUGAGAGAUCUAGCUAGAAGAUCGAGCUUGUGUCGGUUACAAGGAUUAGCCAUUGAUGAUUACGCAAGCAAGCUCUUCUAA